AUGGCCGCCAAGCGCCGCUCCCGCCGGCCAAGUUCCGGCGAUUCCAAGGAGUUGGGCGGCAACGGUGGCAAUGAGGGUUCCGACGACGACGAGGAUGAGGAGAGCGGCAAGUCCGGCGACACGGCCAUGUCCGCCGAGCCCAAGGAGAUGCCGCUGAAGCGAGCCGAGGAACCCUCGUCGCUGUCGCCGGAGGAUGUUGGGGCCCAGGGCUCCGGCGAGGCCUCUCCGGCGAGGAGCGCACCGCGCGGUGGGGUCAAGCGUGUCAAGAAACCCCCUCCGGCGUCGCAGGAGGAAGAUGAGGCGGAGGGUUCUGGUGGUGCAUCACCGGCGAGGGGUCUGCUGCCCGACGACAGCGCCGACGCCGGCCACAACAAGAGAGGCGCGACUCCGAAGCGGGGAGAGAAGCGCUCCCCGCCGCCACGUCAGGGAGAUGAGCGCCCGGAGAAGCGUGCCACGGGACCUGCUGGCGAGACCGUCGCCCCGUCGGCCCCACGGCGCAAGAAGAAAAGCAAGAGGUCCGCCGAGAAGGACAGGCGCAAGAAGAAGAAAAAGAAGCAGCUUAGAAAGGCCUUGACCAAACCGAAGUCGCCGCCCCAAUUGCUGGAACUAGAGCUCAACGACGACAGAGAGGACACACCCUCCUUGCCUGACAUCGCCCAAGAAGACGAGCACAAUGGCAGAGAGACGGCAGAGCAAGAGCAAGAGCAAGAGCAGAGCAGCACCUCACCCCCAGAGGUCGAGCACAGAGCCCGUGAAGAGGAGCAGCAGGAGAAGAAGAUCACAGAGCAACAGCAUGCCAGUGACACUUCACCCCCACAUGACAAGGACAUGCACAUCGUCCAUGGAGAGGAGCAGCAAGAGAAGGAGGUUGCAAAUCAAGAGCAUGCAGAUGACACCUCACCCCCAAAAGACAAUCACAGUGUGGACGAAGGGGAGCAGCAAGGGGAGGGGAUCCUACAGCAAGAGCAACCCAGCGACACCUCACCCCCACAAGAGGAGAACCGAGCCCAGGAGGAUGAGGAGACAGGGGCUCAAGUGAAUGGCAAAGCCUUGCAGGAGAGGAAUCCUCCAUCAACCAAGCCACACAGUUCUCAGACAGAGAAGAAGCCAGCGGUUGAGCGAUCAUGGUCCUAUGAUGACGAGCUCAAGAUUCUCAAUGCUUUGGUUGUGCACGCCAAGUCCCAUAAUGGUGCUUUGCCAGAUUCAUCGCACCUUUUGGCAAAUCUCACAUUUGACAAAACUGAUGCCAACGAGGAGAAGCUCACUGACAAGAUCCGCAAGCUUAGGACACGGUACCGCAAGAUCCUUGUACAAGGCUGCCCAUCCGAUGACCUUGGUCGUCGGCUGUUUAAGCUGUCUGAAAUUCUCUGGGGCCAAGUUGAUGAAGAUGAGCGGGUGGAGCCAACAUCUAGGGACUUCAGUGUACUAUCAAAAUUGUAUCCUCAUCUAGCCAAAGAAGUCAAAGCGUACGCCGAAACGCACAGCUCGGGGGACUUAAUCAUGGCAAUGUUCAUGACCAUAGGUGAUGAGAAGGCCCGCAAUCUUGAUGCUAAGUGCAAGAAUCAACAUAUUGAAGCAUUCAAGUUGGAGUUGGGCCAGGCAAGCCUAAUCAAUGAAUUGCUCUCUGCACUUUCAAGUCUGACCUGUGUGAAGUUCUAG